AUGGCAGCAGCCAUCUUACGGGUCGCUGUCACAGCUGCUGCCAAGCCCGAAGCCAGCCCGGCCUCCGCCGCGGAUUCCCCGGGCUGCCCCGGCUCCGGCGAGCCCGCGGCGGAGGCCGGGGAGCAGAACCGUAAAUCCCACGCAAACGCCCAGCCUCAAUCCCAACCCUUUAAACCGUGGUGCCGUAGUACGGAAUUGCCAUUUGUGGUUUCUCACGGCUCAACCACGGUUUUAAUACGUGCAACGGGGCAGAACCGCCUCACCCCCGCCAAACAAAGUAGCGGCGCUCCGAGGGGCCACAGCGGCUGCGGCAGCACCGCGGGCUCACCGCGGCUCGGGACCGUUCGACACCGCCAGCGAUGCCGCCUCUUUUUUAGGGCAACUUUCCGCGCAGCCUCCCGGGAUGGCUCCAUAGCGGCUCCGCACGCAGCGGGUGCCGCGGGGGCGCCGCCCGCCCGCGCAGCCCCGGGGGUGGCCGCCGGGGGCCCGGUCCGCAGCGCCGCCGAGAACCCCGGGGGGGCCGGUUCGGCGCGCACCGCGGGCAAGAAGGCGCAGCUGCGCGCCGCGCCGCGGGCCAAGAAGCUGGAAAAGCUGGGCGUCUACUCCGCCUGCAAGGCUGAGGAAUCCUGUAAAUGCAAUGGCUGGAAGAACCCGAACCCGCCUCCCACGCCGCCGCGGGCUGAGCUGCAGCAGGCGGCGGUCAGCCUGGCCGAGCCCUGCCGCAGCUGCAGCCACGCGCUGGCUGCUCAUGUUUCUCACCUGGAGAAUGUGUCUGAAGAAGAAAUGAACAGGCUCCUGGGAAUUGUGUUGGAUGUGGAAUAUCUGUUCACCUGUGUACACAAAGAAGAAGAUGCAGACACCAAGCAAGUUUAUUUCUACCUGUUCAAACUUCUGAGGAAGUGCAUUUUACAGAUGGGAAAACCUGUAGUAGAAGGAUCUUUGGAAAGUCCCCCAUUUGAGAAACCUAGCAUUGAACAGGGUGUGAAUAAUUUUGUGCAGUACAAAUUUAGCCACUUACCCUCGAAGGAAAGGCAAACAAUAGUGGAACUGGCUAAAAUGUUUCUGAACCGCAUUAACUACUGGCACCUGGAGACACCUUCUCAGCGAAGACUAAGAUCACCCAAUGAUGAUAUUGCAGGGUAUAAAGUGAAUUAUACCAGGUGGCUUUGUUACUGCAAUGUCCCUCAGUUUUGUGACAGUCUACCUCGGUAUGAAACCACCCAGGUUUUUGGUAGGACAUUGCUUCGCUCUGUUUUUACUGUAAUGAGACGACAACUGCUGGAGCAGGCCAGGCAGGAAAAAGACAAGCUUCCUCAAGAAAAACGAACACUAAUCCUCACUCAUUUUCCAAAGUUUCUGUCUAUGCUGGAAGAAGAAGUGUACAGCCAGAAUUCUCCCAUUUGGGAUCAGGAUUUCAUGGUGUCCAGUUCAAGAACUGGCCAGCUGGGAAUCCAAACAGUUAUCAGUCCACCUCCUGUUGCAAGAUCUGUUGCAUACAGUGCAAGUCCUUCAUCUCUGGAGCAAUCCAACACUGGGAAUAUGAGUCCAGCUUGUAAAGUUUCUUCUGCCCUUGACCCAAACUUAGGAGAAAAGAGAAAAAAUAAUGAACCCUAUUCUCUGGAGGAUUCGAAAAGACCAAGGGUUGUAGGAGAUAUCCCUAUUGAGUUAAUCAACGAAGUAAUGUCAACAAUUACAGAUCCUGCAGCAAUGCUUGGGCCAGAGACCAACUUCCUCUCGGCACACUCGGCCCGGGACGAGGCGGCGAGGCUGGAGGAGCGCAGGGGCGUGAUCGAGUUCCAUGUGGUCGGCAACUCCCUGAACCAGAAGCCCAACAAGAAGAUCAUGAUGUGGCUGGUUGGUUUGCAGAAUGUGUUCUCCCAUCAGCUGCCUCGAAUGCCGAAGGAAUACAUCACCCGCUUGGUCUUUGAUCCGAAACAUAAAACCCUUGCAUUAAUAAAAGAUGGCCGUGUUAUCGGUGGUAUCUGCUUCCGGAUGUUCCCCUCCCAAGGAUUUACAGAGAUUGUUUUCUGUGCUGUGACUUCCAAUGAGCAAGUCAAGGGUUAUGGGACUCACCUAAUGAACCAUCUGAAGGAGUACCACAUCAAACACAACAUUCUCAACUUUCUCACGUAUGCAGACGAAUAUGCUAUCGGCUACUUCAAAAAACAAGGUUUCUCCAAAGAUAUUAAAGUACCAAAAGCAAAAUAUGUUGGCUACAUCAAAGAUUAUGAGGGUGCCACAUUAAUGGGAUGUGAAUUAAAUCCAAGGAUCCCCUACACGGAAUUUUCUGUCAUCAUCAAAAAGCAAAAAGAGAUCAUUAAAAAGCUCAUAGAAAGGAAGCAAGCUCAAAUCCGAAAAGUCUAUCCCGGCCUUUCUUGCUUCAAAGAUGGAGUACGGCAGAUUCCUAUAGAAAGCAUUCCUGGAAUUAGAGAGACUGGCUGGAAACCAAGUGGAAAAGAAAGAGGUAAGGAGUCCAAGGAUCCAGAUCAACUUUACAGCACGUUAAAAACCAUCCUUCAGCAAGUUAAGAGCCAUCAAAGCGCUUGGCCCUUCAUGGAACCUGUGAAGAGAACAGAAGCUCCUGGAUAUUAUGAAGUUAUAAGGUUUCCCAUGGAUCUCAAAACAAUGAGUGAGCGACUCAAGAACAGGUACUACGUGUCUAAGAAAUUAUUCAUGGCAGACUUGCAGCGAGUCUUUACAAACUGCAGAGAGUACAACCCCCCCGAGAGUGAAUACUACAAAUGUGCCAAUAUACUGGAGAAAUUCUUCUACACAAAAAUUAAAGAAGCUGGAUUGAUUGACAAGUGACACUGUCUUUUUUACUACCAAAUAGUGUGCCUAUGUUAUGGACAGGGAAAGCCGUUCUAUAUCUGAGUUGUGGGACUUUUAAGAAACUUCUGUUUAAUACUUAGCACUUUUAAAAACCCUUUUAGUUUUACAAACAUGUAUUAUACUGAAGUUACAAAAAUUAUUUUAUUAAAAUGCUUUAUAAUGUAUUUAAUUACGGAAUAUUUCUUUUGUGUGCCGAUUACCUUAUGUUCCUAAUAAUUUUAUCAGCUACAGCCUCAGAAACCCCACAAACAUGGGGGAAAUUGCACAUGUUUGGGAAGAUGAAGAAAAUUCCCAGACAACAGAUGUUAUAGCUUACCUAAUGUUAUAGCUUACCUAAUGCAGUACCUAUUUGAUAAAGUUUUAUUAUUUUUUCCAGUAAAAAAAGAAAAUUGUAAGGGAAAACAACAGGUGUGGGGGGGUUCUGAAACACUUGUUUCUUUGUAGAAUCUUUUUAUAAGAUAUUAUUUUUUAAAAGAAACACUCAGCUGGUUGAGAAGCUGUGAGAGAAGAGCAGCCAGUUCUGAAAAAGGACUGCCUGUGGUCUUUGAUAGAUGCAAGUUUUUCUAUUCAUUUUCAGUUUUGAUAAAUAUUUUACCUGCAAAUUGUAAUCUCAUAACCACUCUUAAAAAAGAAAAAAAAAAAAAAACUGGCUAGAUGCGCAAUGUCAUAGUGACUUGGCUUAUGCAGGACAUAAGUACCCAAAAUAACUUUAGAGACUACUUCGCAUCUACUAGACAAUUUUAAUUGGCUUAGUAGAGUUAAGGUUUUAUGCACUUCAUGAUCCACUCUACUUACUACUCCUCACUGCUAAAUUCUUUAGAUUGUUCAGCAGAAAUAAGACUAUUGUACGCAAAGGAAGAGAACAUAGGACAGCUUUGAGCUUAGAUACCUGGCUCCGUGGUAAACUGGAUUUUCUACCAAGCUUUAUUGUAAAUGCAUAUUAACUGUGAUUAUUUAGACCCAGGAACAUAUUAGCAUUGUACAACUCUUAGUAUACCUUCAAAAGGAACACGCACUCAUAUAUACAUAUAAUAUAUAUACGUUUUGCUGCUUACACUACAUUUAAGAGGUACACCUAAAUCCUUAAUGGAGAUCAGUACAGGCCAAAAAGCUGUCCCUUGACAUUUUCUAAUUAGUUUGUAAAUUAUAACUGCUUUUGUGAAAAACAGAUUAAACUUUCAUUCUUGGUGUUUUAUAUUUACAGAUGUUACACUGGUAAAAUUCAAGUUAUGAGACUGAGAAAACCAAUCCUGUGCUGUGUCAAAGAAUUUAUUCCUGCAAAAUGCCUGUGCAAUUUUAGAUUCAGCAAGGUGUCAGGAUCUAGAAGUAGUAAAUGUGGCACCCAAGGUAUUCAAAAUGUUAAUGCUGGACUUGCCAUCGUGUUUUGUAUGAAUUUAGUCUGACCUACAUUGGGAUCUAUAACAAAGGUACAGUGAGUACUUUUUCUUUAAUAGCCAGAACAGGAUACUAUAAACCUGUUUUGUAGAUUGGGCCUACAGAUGCACCUGUUAAGCUUGGUAACCUGUGAAUUUUUGUUAUUUUCAGAGUAGAUUUUCUUAUUGUCUUUCAAUCAGAUUGUCUCUUCUAUAUUGAAACGUGUUUUCUAAUUUAAGAAUUAAUAUUUUCAUAGAUACUGUGCAAUAAAGUUAUGGUAGGAUAUGUGGUUUUGCAAAUGCUUUAACAGCUGAUGAACUUUACAUUUGUCAAAUUAAUAUAUUGUACUGGUACAGAAUAGUUUUAAAUUAUAUAUGUACAAAACCCUA